GCAAAGCACAACCUCUAUCAGCAGGGGAGACACACACACUUGCACACACAGAUACACAGAUUAGCUGCCAUACACACAACAAUCUUCCUGGGAUAUGAACCCUCUCAUCGUCACCUGUCUCUUCUGCUUCGUGUCCGGUGCUUUAGGUGCCCAGGGUUCUGAGGCCACGUUCUCUGGUGAACUAUCUGGAGUGACUUCGGGUCCGGCCUCUGGGGAGGGCCUCCAGAGUUUGCUGAGCGACGAUGACGAGCUGGAAGUAGACGAAGAAAAUGUCAGCAUUUUUGUUUCUCCUGCUUCAGAGUUACACCCCAGUAAAGAUGAGAAGAAGAAAAGGAAAGGCAAGAAGAAGAACAAGCACAAAAGCAAAAGCACGACUCCUCUCAACCCCGAGUCCACGUUCUUCACUAACGGGUACACGUCCACACACACCACCACGGAGGAUCCCUGCACCUCCAGCCACGUGGACUACUGCAUUUAUGGCAACUGCAAGUACAUCGAGGGCCUGCAGGAGCCUGUGUGUAUAUGUAAUAAGGGUUAUGACGGGGGGCGCUGUGAGAUCCAGUCUCUGGAGGUACUUAAAGACCCGACAGAUCAGAUCAACAAUACUGAGCUGGUGCAGAUGGUCCUGGUGAUCAUCGCUGUGGUCCUGUCGGUUAUCAGCUGCACCGCCAUCCUGCUCAUGACCUGUGCUCACUACAGGUCACAUAAAAACUUCCUGGCAUCCUACCUGGGAACUGGGACGGAGCAGGAGAAGCUACAGAAACCCAUGGGGGAUGUUGUGGUGUGAGGGCAUAAAGUUACCAUGAGCCAGCUGCGCGACUCAAAGACAAAGCCGACCAGAAGAAGUAGAGUGAAUAGACAGCUUUAUUAGAUGUUGUGUAAAAAACAUUGUCCAGAACUUGUUAGAAUGUAAUUUAUUUAGUGUGAUUAUUUAUUGCUUAUGACUGUAUGAGUAUGAUUGAGUGUUGGACUAUUGUGAACUAUGGACUUGCGAAUGUGCGGUUUGGUUUUAUUUAUUUGCUGCUGUUAUAGGUCAGAGAAAAGCUCCUCAUCUCUCUCUGGGAUGGGAUUUGAUCACCAAUAAAGUGUC